UUGACACACACAUUUAGGCACUUAUCUGGUUGUGUCGUUUGCUGGUUAAGAAGAUGAGAGUCAUAUAUUUUGGGAUUCUUCUGCUGCUUCUAUUCAAAGAAGACAACCAGACAUCAGCUGGAUGCUCAGGCCCCCCGAUACUGUGCUGCCAAGGGAUCAAUAGCACCUGCCAGAGAGGUUGCUUCUGUGACCAGGCCUGCCUGAGCAUUGGGGACUGCUGCACGGACUACGUACAAACCUGCGGAGGACCAAGUACAACAAUGUCUACAAAUACUACUUCAUGGACUGUCUCGGGCACUCAGCCAUCAACCAUGUUCACGAGAAAUUCCACUGACACAACUCAGACAUCUACAAUUAUAAGAGACAGCCUUGAUAGUUCCACAAGUACAGCAGUAACUUCAAUUACUCCAACAAGUACAGCAACACCUGCCCCACGGACCACCUUCAGUCCUUCACCGGAAAUCACAUCUAUGAGUCCUACUACUUCAGCGACGUUGACUUCUACGAUUACAAGAACCAACCCUGACAAUACAUCAGUCAGUGCAACAGAGAGUACACCAGCGCUCACCUUCAGUACUCGACCACAAACCACAGCUAUGAAUGUCACAGACAGAUCUUCUGCUUCCACAACGAACAUCCUUGAGAUGAAGAAAGUUAUACUUGACCUGAAGGUGUGUGCACAGUCUACAGCAAAUGGAACGUUGACGCUGGAAAGCUUGCAGAACUUUGCUCAACAGCUGGAGGGGAUGUUAAGGAACAAAGGGUGUAAUGACUGCACACUGAAGAUCCUACGAAUCCAACAGAAAACAACAGCCCCCUAAGUACAUCACCAAACGUCGCCGACAACAUCAGCUGAGCAAUUCAUCACUUUCUACCAACUUAUACAGAUGAAAUAAUGACCUUCCCAUGAAGGCCAGGCUACCCCUGAACUGAAUGCGCUCGUUUUUUGUAGGAUCACUGUCAGCUGUAACAAGUCUUUCUCCAGACCUUCCAGACCCAACACUGAAAAGAGAACAAUGACUAGGUGGCAACAAAGGUUUUUAUAGAUCCAAAGUUUGAAAGCACUUGCCGUAUUUGCAAUUUACAUUUUGCAUACAACAAUAACUAGUAACACUGUAUAACAACUUUCUUCAAUAAUUAACUGACCAUUAAAGCUGAGAACUAAUCAUUAAUUAAUCAGAAUUUGAAAACAUACAAAUCUUUAGCAAUUCUCCUUCAUGUAAUUGUUGAUGUGCAUAUUCAUAUUUACAAAUGCCUUACAUGGUGUUUUCUGUUCAUUUACAACAAACCAUUUCAUUAAUGUGAAAUGUGAGUGUUGUAUGGCAUCAAUAUGUUAAUAAAUCAUUGCAGUUAAUUACA